AUGAUUUUUGAUAAGGCAUUUACUUGUUUACUCUGUUUAAAGGUGUUUAUCGAUACUGUUGGCCCCCCAGGCUCAUACCUUAAGAAGUUGUCGAUGAAGUUUCCUUCCGUAGAAUUCGUUGUUUCCACCAAAGCUGACAGUAUCUACGCCGUGGUUGCUGCAGCCAGCAUUUGCGCGAAGGUGACGCGCGACGCUCUGCUCAAGAAUUGGUCUUUCAAAGAAAGGAUCUCGUUUUCCAGCAAAGAAAUGGGCUCUGGCUACCCUGCUGAUCCGGUUACGCGGCAAUUCCUGAAAAGGUGCUUUAAUCCGCUAUUUGGUUUUCCUUCAAUUGUGCGGUUUAGUUGGUCAACUGUUCAGGAAAUUCUCGAUGCACGUGGUAUUGAAAUGUCAGGCCGCGGCUUUAUGGUAUUUUACCACCUACAACGCAUGGGCGCAAAACAACGGCACUUUGUUUUGUCGAACAAACUCACGUUCAAACACAAUCGAAUAUACCUCAUUACGUAG